UCUUGUUUAAUGAUGGAAACUUGGAGCGGGCAGACUUAGUUGCUUCAUUAUCCUUCGCAAGCUUCAUUCACCAAUCUUACCGUUCAACAUGAAAUUAUCCAUUGUGUCUAUUCUAGGGCUCACAUCCCUCGCUCUUACAGCACCGCUCAACAAAAAUCUUUCCCCUCGCGCAGAAACCAUCCAACAAGCCACAGACCGAUUGCUCUUCUCCUCCACCAUUUCCCAAUUUGAAGCCGCCCGCAACGCAAAGGACCCUUCUACCCUGGAAUGGAGCUCCGACGGCUGCUCUGAUUCCCCAGACAACCCCCUUGGCUUCAAUUUCCUCCCAUCCUGUCACCGGCACGACUUUGGCUACCGCAAUUACAAGAUACAGAGUCGUUUUACGAGCUCGGCCAAAGCAAAUAUUGAUAACAAUUUUAAGUCGGAUUUAUACAAUCAUUUCGCCGAUGGACACUGGUUAAAGCACUAUUCCAAGGGCACACCUUAUCGGGACUAG